GAAACUUCCCCAACCUUCAAUGGCACGACUGAGUCCAGUAAGCUGAGUAUUCAUAAAUCGACAAGUAUGCAAAUAUAAUGCAAAGUUUAUGGUUCCGCGCUGCGCAGACCAGAUCAUCAUGUCGUUGUAACGCUUGUGUGAAAAUCGGCACAAUCAUAACUCGUCAAACUACAAAUGCAAUUGGGAAACGUCGAAGGGUUAGCAUAGGGGAUAUAUUUACGGCAUGUUAUUCAACCAUACUAGCAACUGCUGCAGUGGCAGAUUCAAAUCGAAAAGUUCGACGAAGGGAACAAUGGGAUCGAGUCAUUGCAGAAGCGAAGGCAGGAGUUCCUACCGACAAAGUGGAGGAAUCGCAGGACCGUCGGGCAGAAGAAAAUGCAAGUGAAGUCAGGAAACAGAUACCAGGAAUGCCAGAAGGUCCAGAGGCUUCGGGAACUUCAGGGACAUCAAGGCUACCAGGAUAUUUGGGGAAUCAAUUUUCUUUUCCAAGAACGGGAAUUGUUGGUACAAAGGCUGGAUCUACAGGACCCAUGACGUGGGAUGGAGUCAACUGGACGGCGAACUCUUCCAUGAGUCGAUUGGGAAUUCAGCUCAAUAGCAUACCUUUGAAUGUAUCCAGGCCCGCCGAGACCAAGGCUCCAGAAAGUUCACAGGACCUCGUCCCCCAAUCUACCUCAUCACCCGUUCAGCCAGCCACUCCAGAAAAUAUCGCAGACCUAGAACAGUUCGGCGAAUAUAUACCUUCAAACGCUAUGCUUCAGCCGCGCAAAAUAAAAACUCGGAAGCACUUGGACCGAUUAGAAAACUCGAUCUCAAAGCUAGUUCAUCGACUGAUGUGGACCACUAAGCUCUCUCCUAUUGCAGCCGAUUUACACUCAGCAUCAUCUGGCAUCUUUCUCCAGACUGAUAAAAUGAUAGGAAGAGUUGAAGAAUUGCAACGAAGUGAUAUUAGUAUGCCAGCAUACAAAUUGGAAGCCGAAGUUGGUCAAGAAAGAUUUUAUUUACAUGAUGCGCUGGAAAAUCUCCUCAAGAAUACAUCUCCGGGUCAGGACAAUCUCAAUUUGAUUCUAGCCAAAAUAUGUUACAAUCUUCUCAUAAGUUCAGCAUCGCCAAACAUCUUUACCUACAACUUUUUAAUCGAGAAAUUGACAGAAUUAAUGCUUCAUGACCACGCCCAAGUAGUUGUUGAUUCAUUUCUCUACGAUACAAUGUUCAAACCCACUUCAAGGACUAUUCAGGUUAUCUUGAAUCAUUACGCAGCAAAGAAUGAUUUAGAAGGUUAUCGAAGCAUUAUCAGGCGUAUGAGAGCGGUGGAUGGGAGUAUGAGAAUUGCACGGAGACACGAGAAUCAACUAUUGGACAAUCCACGUGUUUUGAGUUGGGCAGAGAAACAUGCUCAAAGAUUGACCCUGAGAGGAGGUUGGCUCGAACGAAAAGUACCACGAGAUGAAUCCAUAUUCGAUGCUCUUAUUGGGACGAGUCUUCAAAUGACCACCGCUCGACAGUCUGUCAUGUAUAUUCGAGCAGCUUUACGUCAAGACAAGAAAAUCAAGAUUCGUCCAGAGUUACUUUGUGAGGCAGUGAGAAGAUGUGUAGCUCAGCUAGAUCAUUCUGCAGGAGCGUCACUUCUACAUUCUAUAUUAGAGACCUGGGCCGAAAAUAUAGAAGUACCUGAUCGUAUUCCACUCACCAAAACUACACGGUGGGCCAUAAGAGAACUUAUGUAUCUUUGCGGAAUUGACCCGACAAAAGAUCUACCACAAAUUCUACCAGUUGAUAUCCCUAGGUGGAAUUUGGGAAGGCUUUUAUUCUGGUUGAACCUUGGUUCGAUACGUGAUUCUGUUGAACGUUUUGUUGCACGUAUAAAUUCGUUGCAGGACAUUCUUCAGAUAUCCCCAAAAAGAUCUGAUCACGACAUUAAAAAGGAAUCUCACCUCAAUUUUCCCGAAUUUGGAAAUGCACAAGCCUGGGACUAUCUUCCAACGAAAAGAGCUCGGAAUCGCCCAUCAUCUCAGUCUAACAUCGACCGCUCCCUCGAGAUUUUUGAAAAGUUUUCAUACACAGAGAACGCACGAGCAGAGAAAUCGAGACUAGGGGCCCGUCAAGGUAGAAGAGUGAUGCUUCAAAGCUUGGAAUCCGAGGUUGCAUUGUCAAAGGCAAACAUCCUUUCGACUGAGAUGUCUUUAGUUUCCUUUUACUACAAUCAAUUCCCUAGAGAUUGGAGAUAUACAUAUCAUCUCAGAUUACAGGAAUCUCCACACAUGUCAUUAGGACACAGAAUUGUUGUCCUCAAGGGACUAAAACGGCUUCAAAAACUACAUGUAUUUGAAUACCAGAUAAAUCUGAGCUUACGACAAAUCAAUCUUUUGAAGAAGGAACUCUACUAUAUAAUGAAGGAAAGAGACCAGCGUAUGAUGGAUCUUAUCACCAAGGUCAAUCAAAGUGCAAAACAAGUCAAACAUAUUGCAUGGCAUUUACAUGUUAUGAAACAGAGCAUCAAAUCAAAAGCGGAAUUCCUUCGCUUGAAGGAAUCGCGAGAAGUCAAUCAACGAAUCAAUCUCCUCGAACUCGCGAUUAACACGAAUAAACGACAUGUUGAACUUCUAGAACGGGAUCUCAACUUGGAUUUUCCACAAGUAAAUCCUGAGUGGAAAUUACGCGAAUUGAAUUUGGUCUUGUUCAAAGUGAACAAGGGGAAACAUCAAGUCAAACUUUUGGCCGAGGAGAUUUACCUCACCUAUCCUCCUCAAGUGGCUAGAAAGACUUACAUCGGCUCGAAUCGUGAUUGGAAGGUGCUUCGAAAAUUCCGCACAAAACUUUCUUUUCAUUAUGACCCCCCAGUCGACAAACUCUUGCCAAGCGAAGAACAACGAGAAUAUGAGGUGGGAUGAGAGCUGUCGGUAGCUGCUAACAGAACUUAUGAUUCAUUACAAGCAACCCCCACAGUAAUUUUCGGAUGUGAUAAUUUUCUGUAAAAAUUAUCAUCUGACAAACUUGGAUUGCAUAAAGAUGGGUUUCGAUCGAGAAAGGUUUUGGGGCACCUGAUGUAUCAUGGUGGAAGUAUGCAUAGUUGGGCUAAAAUUUCCUGUGUAUUUAUGAGAUACCUGCAUAGAGCGGCGUUUAUGUUAGAUAUAAAAUGGUUAUUGGUAUAUGUGCAUAACACAAGGCGUUUUGGAGUUUAUACAUGUGGCCGAUGGUCAAAGGGGAUGGCAUAUUGGUGCAUGAUUGGACCUGGGGAAUGGUCAAUUUGCACAUGUAUAACAGAUAGGCGAAUACA